CUCUCUCUCUCUCUCUGCUAUUGUGCCGUGCGCCGCCACUGCCGUUUCAUCCCUCAUUCCCUCCACCAUGGCGGCACACAGGUGUCUCCUCAGAUCCUCCGUUCUUGGAUCGUCUCCUGCCUUCUCGGCAGGGAAGAGAGGGUUCUCCGUCCUCACCGAGGAGCCAGUUGCCCGUUUAUCGGCUGGGUUGUCGGCCAGCGGUGGCUCAGAUCCGACGCCGCGGAGAAGAGAGGCUCGGAACGUUCAGUGGGUGUUCCUCGGAUGUCCCGGCGUUGGAAAAGGCACCUUCACUAGCCGCCUUUCUCAGCUCCUCGGCGUCCCCCAUACUGCCACUGGCGAUCUAGUCCGCGAGGAGCUUGCCUCCUCCGGACCUCUCUCUAAUCAGCUUGCUGAAAUUGUUAACCAAGGACAAUUGGUUUCUGAUAAGAUCAUUAUUAAUUUACUGUCAAAAAGCCUUGAAAGCGGCGCAGCAAAGGGUGAAUCAGGAUUUAUUCACGAUGGUUUUCCACGCACAGUUAAGCAAGCAGUAUGUGAAAAGAAUUAUGGUGUAACCACUAAUUCUGAACCAUUUGAUGUGGCCAUCAUUGGUGGUGGAAUGGUUGGACUGGCCCUUGCAAGUGCCCUGUCAAGUACACCUUUUACAAAGCAUUUAAAUAUUGCCAUUGUUGAUCCAAAUCCAGCAUUGGGCGGGUGCAGCAGCUACUACAUUAAAAAUGAGAUACCCGGCUCAAGGGUUAGCACAGUUACUCCUGCAACCAUUUCGUUUCUGAGAGAUAUUGGUGCUUGGGAGCAUGUUAAACACCAAAGGCAUGCUUUUUUCGAUCAAAUGCAGGUAUGGGAUUAUACCGGUUUGGGUUAUACAAGAUACUGUGCCAGAGAUGUAGGAAAGGAAUAUCUUGGUUGUGUGGUGGAAAACAAGGUCCUUUGCAACUCUCUUUUGUUAUCUUUACAGCAGGAAAAGGACUUUAAAAAGACAAUCAUCCCUGCCAAACUAACCUCAAUGACUGUCUCAUCAAGAAGGUCAUCUUCUGGAGUAUCCAGUGGUCAGUCAAAUACACUGGACAAGUCUAGAACCAAUAAUUCGGAAGAAACUGCAGAACCGAUGCAUCUGCAAAGUUUAGUUAGACUGGAGCUGAGUGAUGGGCAGCACAUUUAUUCAAAGUUGGUGGUCGGAGCUGAUGGAGCAAAGUCCCGUGUUAGGGAGAUGGCAGGAAUUAAAACAACUGGGUGGGACUAUUCACAGAGUGGACUUAUAUGUACAGUUGAGCACACUGGGGAAAACCAUUGUGCGUGGCAAAGAUUCCUUCCAUCUGGUCCAAUUGCACUUUUGCCUAUCGGGGACAAUUUUAGUAAUAUAGUGUGGACAAUGAGCUCUAAUGAGGCAAAUCGGCACAAAUUGAUGUCGGAGGAUGAUUUUGUAAAAGCUGUGAACUAUGCAUUAGAUUGUGGUUAUGGUCCGCAUCCACAAUCAAACUUUCUUGAUAAUUACAUUGGGAGAUUGCCAUGGGGAUCAGGGACAACAUCAAUAAAAGAAAGCUUUCAGGCACCUCCAAAAGUGAUCAAUGUGGUUUCUGAAAGAAUGGCUUUUCCUUUGUCACUAAUGCAUGCUCUUGAGUAUUCAUCAAGCCAGUUUGUGCUUAUAGGCGACGCUGCACAUGCUGUACAUCCUUUAGCUGGUCAAGGUGUGAACUUAGGAUUUGGAGAUGCAUCAACCUUGACUAAGGUCAUUUCUGAAGGCAUUUCAAUGGGCACUGACUUUGCUGAUCUUGCUCUGCUGAAAAGGUAUGAGAAGGAACGGAAAGCUGCAAACAUCCCUUGGAUGGCAAUACUUGAUGGUUUUCAAAAGGCUUAUUCUAUUGAUUUUGGACCAAUAAACCUUCUAAGAGCUGCUGCAUUACAUGGCGCUCAGUACAUAGCUCCACUCAAGAGAAAUAUAGUUUCCUAUGCUAUGGGCGAGUGGAAUUGGCCUCGAUUUACUUGAUGCAAAGAAUUAAGUUACCGAAUCGACCUUUAGACCUCUGUUGAAGCUGACUUGCUAGGUGCCCAAAGAGUGAUGCAUGAUUGCUACUUUGCAAUGGAAAACAUAUGAACACUACUCUGAGUGAUCCUUGGAUCCUAUGAUAUUUUCUCGCCCUUCCUAAUGAGAAUAAAACUGCCUGCAAAACGGUUGCAGGUUGUCUAAGUUAAAGAAAGUCUACAAACUGGUACAAAGUUGUUUAAAUUCAUUUGAUGUUUGUCUGCCAUGUUAAGAAGAAACUUGGUCCGCAUCUGACUUGUACAGAACCUGUGACAGCUCUGGAUACGUUUGUGUUUUUUUUGCUUUUCCUUUUACGCAGUUUGGGUGACAGUUUGUCUUCCUCAUUUAGUUCGUUGAGUGGAAUGAAAGAAUGGAGAAUAAAA